AUCAAUUGCCAAUUCGACGAUAAACUAAGAUAUGGUUAAAUGUAAUGAGUGAUUUAGUAGGAACGUCGAGCUGAGAAGACUACAUCCCUUUUGUAAAAAAUACAUUUGUUGUAGAUAUAUGUGUUUUAAUUGAAACGCUCUGUUUUCCAUCACUAUACAACAGAYUCACUGGGAAAAAUAUAAGAUUCUUUACAAAGCAAAAGACAAAUGGCUAUUGUAAAGACCUUGCCUUUUGUGAACAUAUUUCGAGGUAAAUUGCGCCGAAAGACAAUGUACCUUGGCAUUAUAACAUUUUUAGCACUACAUAUUUGGUGGCACAAGGGUAGAGAUAAUAUGCACUGUCACAAUGAAGUCAGCCAAAUGGRCUCAAGGGAAAAGUGUAGCUACAUGAAACCGGUUAACUCCUUUGAUCGACCGAUAGUUGGCUGUACGACCACUGGUCGACUUAUCUAUAAAGAUGUCACAAGGGUGAUGGGAACAGGACUGAAAAGGAAAGCAUUCCUGACAAUAGGAAUUCCAACCAUUGAACGAGUCUACAAGAACGUCACCGCAUCCUACUUAGAAAAAACUCUGGAUAUCAUAUUGUCGCGAUUAACGCUUAAUGAAAUGAAACAAGUUCAUAUCRUUAUAUUCCUUGCUGAUCUAAAGAAACAAGCAAGAGAUAAUGUAAARAAACAACUGGCCAGWAAAUAUCAACARCUWAUUGACAUUAAUUUYAUCAACGUGAUCGAAGCACCAAGGACGUUUUAUCCCAAACUGAAGGGAUURGUCAGAACKUUUGGUGACUCACAAGAAAGAAUGUACUGGCGUUCAAAGCAAAAUCUGGAUUAUGCUUUCUUGUUCAAUUACUGUGAUGGCCUUUCUGAAUAUUACCUUCAAAUAGAAGACGACGUCACAACCUCGGAAAACUUCCUCUCUACUAUCAAACAAUGCAUUGAGCAACAUAGACAUUCCAAUUUAGCUUUUAUAGAUACUAGUGCGUGGGGUUUCAUUGGAAAACUGUUUAGGAAUGAAGAGCUAGAUUAUUUUGCACGAGUGCURAGAAUAUUUUAUAACGAUAUACCGUGUGAUUGGUUGCUUCACCAAUACUUACUCUUUCGCAGUGAACAAGCAUCAUACUAUGAUCAUUUGUGUGGAGGUAUAUUUGAUCAUAUUGGUAACCAGUCAUCUUCUUUAGGAACAUAGUCCGCAGGCCUCAAUAUGGACUCUAGACGUACAAUCGUUGACAUAAUCCKUGGACCAUUGAAUUUCUUAUCUUAGGAAACACCAGCAGACAAUGUAGGUGUGGUAUGAUCGUCCGAGUUKGRGAAGUCUUGAGGAAGACUGUUUUAGUUACAUUCUGUGUGUGGGUCAUCUUCAGAGAUCUUAACACACCGGCCUAAAUCGCUUUCACCUGGGUUCAGACCAUUCACUCUCACCAGCAAACAAUUUCAUCCCCAUUACCCCUUUUAACACUUAAMAAUGUUGUCAUUGGGCAUGUUAUCACUCUACACAACCAUCCAAAACUAGACCCAAUAUUGAGUAAGUUGGCUAAGGUGGASAGCUGUGAAAAUAUAAAGGAGAAAAAGGUUAGGCUGGAGACAAAUAAUUCUAUCGUCCAAGGUAUUUUGGAAACGAUUGUAACAUGACAUACUCCAUAUGAUUUAUUUAUAUACAAUUGGUUGAUGAUGCUGUUUGUGUCAUUGGCAUGUAUCUGUCAUAACUAAAGUUUUUGAAUGGAAUGAUCUGGCUGGUGUUGAGUUAUUGUACUUAUUGUUUAUAAUAAUUGAAUUAUUUUUUGAAAAGUAUUUUACUUUAAAAAAGAUUGUAUUGUUGAUUUUAUGAUAGUAGAGAGUUAGUUAUACUCGUGAGCGUGACCGGAGAAAUAAAAUACGCUUUUGGAC